GCACCCCCUUCGUGUGAGUGCACCAGCUGGGGUCACUUGCUGGGCCCUUUCUCUUGUAUAGGUGCUGUUCCAGCCUCUCAGGAAGCAGUCUGGUUGAGGCAGGCAGUAGCAAAGGAAAUUGCCUCCCUUUCUAAAGAGAAAGAGGUUCUUGAGGGGAAGGUGUUGAAAAAAGACUGUCCUGGUGGGUGGGUGGUUACUAGAGGAUGCUUUGGUGAAGUCCCGUGUUGGGGAAAGUGUGUUAGAGUGUGGGGAGAUGAGAUGAACCCUGUGCAUGGUAGAGUCAAGCUUGUCCUGUGAGGUGAGUUCCAGGCAGAAACAGCAGGGUCCUCGGUGGGAGAUUUCAGUUCCCUACAGAGAGGUGUGGACCAUCAGGAGACUCCCUGCAAAUGCCAUGGCAGGCAGAGUAACCAUCCUGGAGAGUCAAGAAGAAAAUCCUUUCCAACAUGCCUUACCUAGCAGGUGCUGGUUCAAGCUUCUAGAGCCUGACCCUGGGCAGUUUAGUUUAGGCAGAGUUAAGUGUGGUACAGUUUUGGGAAGAAGUCCAAGCUUGUCCUAUCCUGGGAACAACAAGUCAAGAGGAAGGGCUGAGAUUGAGGGCUGUUGGGUUGUGGAGAGCUCUGCAUUCAGCCAGAGGGAUGGGGCAGAAUGUGAUUGGACCUGGUGGGGUAUUGAUGUCACCUUCCUGCCUCCUCUUUGCUCCAGCACAAGUGCCAGGGCACAUGGCCACAGGUGGUGGAGUCCCAGUCCCUGUUUCCAUUACAGUCAUGAAGUUCUUUCUCAGUGUCUUUAUUUUCUGUGCAUGCCAACAUUUCAGGAGUCCUGCCUGGCCCAGGAAGGCCCCAGCCAUGUCAUCCAAGGAUGGGAAGGCCAUAGAGAGAAGUGCCAAGCGCCGAAGGACAGAUGCAGUCGUCCCUGCAGAAAAUCCGGCAGUUGACACCAGCGAGCUGGGCAGCUGUUCCUCGGGAUCAAAUGUGCAAGAGGCCAGGAAGCCUGUUGAGAUGAGCAUGCAAGACAUCAGAGAUGAUAUUACCCAGAUCCUCAUGGUAGAGAGGAAGCAGUUUGAGAAGGAUAUAAAUGCCUCUUUCACAUCCCUGUAUGAAAACCUGCAGAGUAUUUUCAAAACCCAGCAGGAGUCAAGGAAGGCACGUCACUCAGUCUACUCCCAGAUGUUUUGGCCCCUGUACCAGCAGUGGCAGGAGGAGGUGGAGAGAGCAAAGGACCAAGAAGAAAACCUCGCUCGCAUAACUCAGCAGCAAAUGAAGAUUCUAGAGGAAGCUGUAGUGGAUCAUGAAGUCAAGCUUGAGAACGCUAAAGAAAUGUGUGAGAAAUUUUUGAAGAAAGCCAAGGACUUGUGUGAACAUCACAAAACUUUUAUUGGCGGUCACCAAAGUGAAGUGGAAAAGGAAAUCUCCAAGGCUCAGGACAGAGUUAUCAUGAAAACUCAAGAACAAGAUGUGUCCGUUGUUGAAACAUACCUUCAGUCCCUGGUCCUUGACAGCUCUGAAGAAACCAUCUGAAGCUCACUGUAGGAUGCGCAGGGAGCAUUAGCCUUGCUAAGAGGAUGUUAGUAGUAGUCAGUGCAGCUCCCUUCUCUUUACUUUGUUUGUUACGAAUAAGACAGAUUCUGUCAACCAUUAAGUGAACCCCCAGCAGUUCUGUGAGAGGCAACAGUUAAGUGCAGAACCUCCAUGGCAGCAAGGGAGACACAUUCUCCCCAGCCAUGGCAGUUACAUUUGGAAGCAGAUGUCAUUUGAUUUUUAUGGUUGGUUGCUUUGGUUCUCUGUCACUUCCCAAAAGUGAAUGUUACCUUAAAUAAAGAUGGGGCCCGUA